AUGAAGCGCAGCGGGUCCUGCAUUUCCACCCACGCACCGAUGCUGCUGCUGCCAAACGUCAAGGUCUUGGUGGACCAGCUCCGUGGUGCAGCAACCGCUGAAGGUUUCCAGUUCACAGGACGUACAUACAGCACGACCGUCACUUCCUGGAACGUGUCCGCCCUCGACGGAGCGCGGCAGUCGGGUUUCGCCGACGCUCUGGCCUCGCUGGCGCCAGCCAGGACCAGCGGUAGCAAGUAA